AUGCCGGAGUUGUCUUCUAAAGGUACUACGAUUUCCAAGAAGGGCUUCAAGAAAGCUGUCACUAAGACUCAGAAGAAGGAGGGAAAGAAGCGCAAGAGGUGCCGCAAAGAGAGCUAUUCCAUUUACAUCUACAAGGUGCUGAAGCAGGUGCAUCCUGACACAGGCAUCUCCUCGAAGGCCAUGAGCAUCAUGAAUUCCUUUGUUACUGAUAUAUUUGAACGUAUAGCUGGCGAGGCGUCGCGCCUGGCGCACUACAACAAGCGCUCCACCAUUACAUCCCGGGAGAUUCAGACAGCUGUGCGUCUCCUGCUUCCCGGGGAACUGGCUAAGCACGCUGUGUCCGAGGGUACCAAAGCUGUCACUAAGUACACCAGUUCCAAGUAA